UUCGCUCCCUACGCGCGAGUAGUAUUGACCCAACAAACCUCUCUUCAUCUUUUUUCUAGUGUGAACACUGACCAAAAAUUCUCACCUCCCUCAUUAUUAUCUCAAUUUUCUUUUCUUUUCAUUUUUCCUUCAAAAUCCAAUUUUCGGUCUUGUUUCUGCUGACAAAUUUUGACUCUUCAACACAAUAAAAAGUACUUUCAAUUCCCCUUCUUAUUCCUCUGUAAUCACUCUGUCAUUCCAACUGGGUCUGCUUUGUUCAAUCUAAACCCCAAACAUUGUACAUUACUUCCUCUGUUUUCUCUUCACCAUGGCCAAAUCGGAAGCCACUAACUACGGCUGUUUUUCCGGCGUGCUCCGGCGAAUGUUGUGCACCGGGAACGUUCCGACUCACCCAUCUGACAAUGUCGCGGAUCUGAUCCCGAACCCCACUGAGUUCAAAUCGUUUCAGGUUAAAAACCCAACGAAGAAGCCUGAAGUUCAAGCCCAGACCAGCCCCGGUGUGGUGGCGAGGCUGAUGGGUUUGGAUUCACUACCUUCGGACCCCAAAUGGGUCCCCAACGAAAGAGCUCGAGACUCUUUCUCUCGAAGCAGGUCAGUGAAUUUUGCCGAGUACAUGCUCAACUUUGAUGUAGCCGACGCUCACCAUCGUCGGGUGAGAACGUCGGUGUCGUUUCGUGAGACCCCGGUGUCUUUUCAGCCACAGAAUCGAGAGGUUCUUGUCGUUUAUUUGGACGAUAAUGUGGUUGAUGAUGAUGAGUACUCUAACGAGAAAACAACGACGAAACUCGAGAUGGGUUUUGGAGAAUUGAACCAGGGGAAGGUGAAACAGAGGAGUAAGAAGAAGAGCUUGGAGAUUAAACGAGACAUUCAAAGCUCGAAAGCGAAGAACAAGAAGGAAGAGAAUGAUAAUCACAAGAUUUCUAGGUUGAAGAAUGAGCCAAGGAGAAAAGUUCUACCGCAACCUUCGAGAAAAUGUAACCAAAAAGAAGCUAAACUUUUGGACUCUGUUUUGCCAUACAAGAAGGUUUCUCAAAACGACUGUAGUGGUGCAAAAUCGAAGGCUUUGAAGACAGAAAAUAGAAAGAAAGCACCGGAAAAGUUCGCUAAGAAAAGAAAAAAUCCCCAUGCAACUAAGAAAAUUCAACCAGUUGAAAACAACCCAGAAAAUUUAGUCUCGGAUUCAUUUCUUGAUGAGGUCUACGAUCUUCUCAUUCAACAUGAUACUCUGUUUUCAGGAGAACAGUUAAGGCCUAUUAAAUCGAACUUAAUGUCAGAAAAGCCAAAAGAUUACAGUGAAAUAAACCAAAGGAACUUGGCCGAGGAAUGUGUAGAGCUGGCAGAACAACUUGGGAAGUUGACUGAGCAAGAUUUGACUCAGUCAUAUUGGAAUAGUAAUAGUAGUUCUAAGAAUGAAAUAAAGCUUCAUUUUGAAAGGUUUGAAGAGAUUGGCAUGGAUUUUGAGCAACCUAUUCUUGAUUUGCUACUAAAUGAGGUUAUUAGUGACCUUGUAGAAAUUUCUCAUUAGGUCAUAAUGCAUGUUUUGUUUUUGGUUCUUAAUUUGCAGUAACACUUGAUAAUGCUACUUGCUCUUGUGUAUAUUAACUAUGUCCUUUUCUUAAUGUGUCUCGCUACAAAAUUUUAAUGACUUUGAGUAAGAAAUGGAGAAGAUUUAGUAUGUUAAGAUGUAA